GCAACGUCAGUAGUUCAAAUGCCGGCGAUCACCGCAGUUAUGGCGGGUUCGUUCCCGAACCAAUACCCAAUUUUUCCAUCCAUAAGUCCUGAAAAUGGGAAACGCAUUUGUUUGAGAAAACCCAACACCGGUUCAACCUCUCCAAGACGCCUUUGCUGCAGAUCUCAGCUACAGGAGUUUGCUUCACUUACUUCCGCUACCUAUGGAAUCCUUCUAUUCUCUGGCGGUGUCUUUGCAUUUACUAAAUCAGGGAGCAAAGGAUCUCUCUUUGGAGGCCUCACUGGAGCUGCUCUUAUGACAUCUGCAUAUUUUCUUAUGCAAUCACCAGAGACAAAAGCAAUUGGUGAUGCCCUUGGUUUCGGGUCUGCCUUCCUUUUCUCCGCUGUCUUUGGGAUACGAUUGGCAGCCACUCGGAAACCGAUUCCCGCUGGUCCUUUGUUAGGUCUUUCUAUCUGUGCAUUGGUUGUGUUUAGCUCAGCUUAUUUGCAAGAUCGUCUUUGAUCCUUGUCUUUUGUAUUUGGCACAGUACUCUUUGAAAGUAACUAUACCUUGUUGAUUGAGUAAAUUAACUUUAAUAUGAUAUGUAUUCCUGUUUGAAUUAACAACUGAAAUUUAGUAUACAAUAUUUGGCAAGUCAUAAAGAUUAGUGAAAUGCUUUGCCUGCAA